UAUUCAGGUUUCCUUUCUUGUACUCUUAUAUAUAAACAUACAAUAGAACAUGGAUCGAUGUCUAACCACAAAUUGAAAUUUAUCAGCAAACAUGGAGGAAGAAAACGCUGCCGAGCUCAAAAUCGGGGAUGAGUUCUUAAAGGCGAAGUGUCUAAUGAACUGCGAAGUUUCUUUGAUUCUUGAACACAGGUUGGCGCAGCUUCAACAGAUAGCUGAUGAUCCCAAGAACAACCCAGUUUCUCAAGUAUUUGACAAGUCGCUGCAGUAUGUGAAGCGCUUUAGCCGCUACAAGAAUCCUGAUGCUGUCAGACAAGUGCGAGAAACCCUUAGUAAUUAUCAAUUGACUGAGUUUGAGCUCUGUGUUCUUGGCAAUCUCUGCACUGAAACAGUUGACGAAGCUAUUGCUAUGGUGCCAACUCUGAAGACCAAAGGUCGACGGAUGCAUGAUGAUGAUGAUGCAAUUCAAAACAUGUUAAGAGGCCUGGCUCUUAUCAAGAAAUUUUCUUGAUUACUGAAGAAAUUUGAGCAGUGGCUAAUGCUUCUGGGUGGUUUUAUAUUUUUGUAUUUUCUUUUUCUUUUUUUCGACCAAAAAAAUUACAAAAAAGAUCUGAGAGCGAUCUUAAACUACAGUAGUAAUUUUCUCCCCACAUGUCCCAUAUUAGCAACCCUAUACAGAAAACACCCGAGAGCCUCUCUCUCUAAAAUCUAGAGAGAGAAAACAGAUCUGAAAACACCAUCACCCCUCCCCCUUCUCUCUUGCCCAGAUCUUGAUCCCUCCGGAUCUAGAUCGACGGCUUGAGAGUUGGGGGUGGUCUCUCUCUCUCUCAGCUCGCUCUCUCUGCCGAUUUCAGAGUCGGCAACGCCAGUCUCUCCGCCCUCAGUGGUGCGUCUCCACCCUUUUGUGGUGAGGUUUUCUGAGCUUUGGUCUCAGUCUUUAAUCUUUUCAUGUCUCUUUUCCAUUUUAUCUCUCGUUGUGCUUGCCCAAUUUCUCAUCAGAUUUCCAGAUCUAUUCUCAAACCUCCCAUCCUCCUCCAUCUCAGACACCUCACCCUCUCACCUUCAUCCGACUUUUCUCUUUUUCCACAACCCCAUCUUCACUUCCAACCCUUGGAGUCUCGACAGGGAUCUGUUCACUUAACUUCACACCUGAUGAUUGCAACAGUACCGGCAAGCCACCGCAGUGUGUGGACAUCGCCGGACCAGUGGUGUUGUGAUGCAUGGUGGUCUCCACCUCCAUGACGACCUUUACUAAGUUCUCUGUUUUUCUUGUUUCUUCCUGUGCAUGCAAUUUCAGUGUGGAGAAUGAUGGUGGAGAGUUAUUUGGCCUCUGGAAGUCAAGCUUCUGUCGGAGCUCAUCUGGCCAUGGUGGUACUCACGGCGGCCAGCCUGUGUUGCAGCGAAGACUUUGGUUUUAGAUCUAGGUUUUCUGGUAUUUUGGGCCUCGGCUUGUCAGUUAGUUCUAGUUUAGGUUAUGGGUUGUCUAUUGGGUCUUCGGGCCUAGGAUUCCUACUUUUCUGUAUUACCUUUGUAAUAUGGGUUUCAUCUAAUGAAUGAAUUUAUUUGACCAAAAAAAAAAAAAAAAA